AGCCCAAUUAUUCCUUUGCACAAAUGCAAGAUUUUCUAAACGUCACCUGUGAACCAAUAGAAGAACAUUUCCCUUUGAAAGAUCUCAAAGAAGUCACCUCUGCUGAUAAACACAUGGCUGAGUUGGAGGUCCUGCAAAUGCCUGAAAGCAGCUUUGCUAACAUCACCUUCAAGGAGCCAAAAUCUCCAGAACCACAGGCAGCUAAGCCAUUGCUCCACAUUCAGUCACUCCCAGAGCUUCUCACACUGCUGAAGGUGGAGCUGGAACAGGUUGUAGAACCCAAAGACAAUAUGGGCCAAUUUCACUUCACCAACAGUACAGUGAUGCUUCCUGAAAACAUCUUCAGAAAUCUCUCCAUCUACACGGAGAAAAUGUCCACAGAAGAAUGUAAGAGAGGUGUGAGAGAGCCACACAUGGAUGAAAUGUUCUCACCACUGUCUAUUGUGAAAAUAGAUGAUGGGGACAGUGUGUUUAAUGAGAUGGCACUGCUACAUAUUCUGGUCACGCUGAAGGAGCUUGUUCUUCUCACAUGUGAUCUCAACACAGCCACUGAUUACCUGGCAAAGGCAAAGGAUUCCUGUGCUCUGAGCUGUGUGGAUGAGCUGUUGAGAAAGUUUGAGGUGCUGCAGUAUCUGAGCCAGACGAGGCAGGAGCCCAAUCCUAAACUACUGGAGCUCCAGGAGCAAAUCAACACAUGGAUGAAUUCCCACACUAACCCUAAAGUACCAGGUAACUCUGUGUCUGAAGUCGUCCCCGAUGAAGCAAAGAGUAAAGUUGUGAGCAGAGAAACUCUCCUGCAGUAG